AUGCAAAACAAACCCAUUGUCGCAAUAAGGCCAACAACAAGUGGAUCAUCAGGAGAACAACCAGAUGAUGAGGAAGUGGAGGGAGAGAUUAAUAAGACUAAAAACAUGACACUUGUUGAUGCAAAACGAGUAAGGAGGAUGCUUUCUAAUAGGGAGUCAGACAGAUGCUCAAGAAGGAGAAAGCAGACUCAUUUAACUGAGCUGGGGACACAGGUCUCCCAAUUACGAAGUGAAAAUUCUUCGUUGUUAAAGCGAUUCAUUGAUGUGAGCCCGAAAUACAAUAAUGUUGCAAUUGAUAAUAGAGUACUGAAAGUUGAUGUUGAAACAUUAAGAGUAAAGGAUUCUGUCAAAACUGCAAGCACAGAGAUUUCUAGUGAAGUAAUCAUUGAGACAUUUCAUAAUGAUGAUGAAGCAUUGGCCGCUUCGGACGACAAGGUUGUGGACAAAACUAUCUAA